AUGCGUUCCACUUACCUUUUCUUAUCUGUGGCAGCUUCAUUGGCCUCGGCCUUUGUCAUCCCAGAUGAGAGUAUCCUCGCGGAGAUAGUCUCUGAGACUCCACCAGCCACGAAUGAUCAUCCAUCUCAAGCAGAUGCCGAGAUGAGCCUGCUGGGCAUCUCCCCGGAUGAACAUAGAGGCUGGGGAAGAGACGGUGACUGGCGUGAUGAUGAUGAAUAUCCGGAGCACGGCGAUUGGCCUGGCUACGACGAAGAUCCGCACGGGCGAUGGCCCGGUGGUGACCGGCCCAGACAUGGCGGAUGGCCCGAACACGGAGAAUGGCCUGGACACCGAGGUGAUGGCGAAGACAGACACGACCGCGACGGAAGACCAUGGGACAGAUACCGACACCGUCCACACCGGCCAAUCGAUGCUUGUCCAGGCCCGUUCUGCCACGCGGACAAGACGACAUGGGAGCUCAUCAGAGAAAGCGAGCAUACAUCCCGACUCGCCGAGCUCAUCGCCGAUGACAAAGACCUGGUCGAGAUCCUCAACAGCACGACGGCAAACCACACCUUCUUCGCGCUGACGAACCGUGCCCUAGAGAGACUUCCACGGGGACGAAAUGGCCCCAGCCCGAAGCUCAUGUCCAAGUUGCUGCGGUAUCAUAUCCUGCCCGGUCGAUUGUCAAUCGAGCAUAUUGCUGGCCACGGGACGCUACCGACGAAGCUGACAGAGCCAGCUCUGGAAUCGACUCUGCCGCAGAGGAUCGUUGUCCGAGAGCACCAGAACGGAGUGAUGUUGAACCGGAGGAGUAGGGUUGUGGCAGCCGACAUGGUGAGUAAAGCAUCAAUUUAUGGCACACAUCGACAGAUACUAACCUCACCUAAGAAAUCCAAAAACGGAAUAAUCCACAUAAUAACCAGUCCCCUCCACCCACCCCCAGAGACACGCACGAUACUGCACCAAGCACCAACCGACUUCAGCACCUUCACAUUGGCGCUAGCUCGCACGAAACUCGCCCACAAUCUUGACCCGGCGCAGCGACAGGGCGGCACAACCUUCGCGCCCACGAAUGCCGCUUUCAGACGGCUCGGAGAGAAGGCUAAUCGGUUUCUUUUCUCGCGGCGGGGUGAGGGGUGCCUGCGUACGUUGAUGCAGUAUCAUAUUGUGCUGAAUCAGACGCUUUACUCGGAUGUCUUGUAUAGUAGUCUUGGAACGUCUCAUGGGUUGUUUUCAGGUCGUCAUGGUGGGCAUGCGCAUGAGGGCGAGGGGAAGGGUGGACGUGGGGAUGGACUAGAGGAGGACUAUGCGAAUGUGCGGCUUGUGACUUCGUUGGAGAAGAGGGAGUUGAGGGUUGAUGUUAAGAAGGGGUUUGGUGAGGUUGAUAUGCGGAUUAAUGGGUUUGGUAGAGUUGGACGAAUGGAUUUGUUGGCGAGGGAUGGGGUGGUGCAUGUUUUGGAUCGGGUAUUGAUUCCCCCGAGGAAGAUUCAGGAUCAAAAUGAAGAUGAAGAUGGGGAACUGACCAUUGAGGAGCUUGUAGAGAGGUUGGAUGGUUGCGUCUACCGGAUGACUCGAGGAGAACUGUGA